AUGGCCUACGAAAGAAAGAAUGGCUUUGGGUGCUGGACGUGCCGUCUGCGCCGAAAGAAGUGCGAUGGGGCGAAACCAAAAUGCCGAAACUGUAUCGCGCUGGAAAUCACCUGUCACAACGAAGUCGUCAAACCAGCAUGGAUGGAUGGAGGAACUCGACAGAAGGAGAUGACUUCGUCGAUCAAGACUCAAAUUAAGCGACGUGCAGAAACUAGACGAGAGAGACCAGUCGUCCAAGUCACGACGGUGGAGACUGGUGACAGCAACUUCAUCCUUGAAUCAGGCCAAGGCCUCAUAUUUCAAGAUACUCAGCAAAAUCAAUCACAGACCAGCGAUUUGUUUGGAGCCAAUUCACGCCUCGAGGAAGGAACCGUUGAAAGAAUGCAGUGGAUGGGAUCCGUGCUCAGCUUCCUAGACGAGUAUGAGGAAGUUCACGACCAUCUUCCCAUACUGUCUCGUGGCCGAGAUUUCGAAAUCGAUUUCAUGAUGAAGUAUAUGGACUAUGUAUUUCCACAUUUAUUUCCGUUCUACCAGCCCUGCCUUCAAGAAACUGGUCGGAGCUGGGUGCUGGCACUUUUGAGAAGGAGCAGGGUAGCAUUUCAUUCAGCAAUGAGUCUGAGUGCGUUCUUCUUCAUCGCGGCGCUAAUUGAUGUAUAUCCUGGACAGCACGAUUAUUGCAAGAGCAUGCUCUGGGAGAAGGUCGGUCGGCAAGCAGAUAUAUGUUUCGAGUUGAUCCAACAUGACAUACAGGAGCUGAGCUUGCGUGGUCCGCAGGCAACAGUACUGGAGAAAGCUAGAUUGAUGCAGAGCAUUACCCAGUUCCUGAUAUUCGAAGUGGCCCUGAGCAGGUCCGUCAACUGGAACUCACAUCUAACCCCAGCUCUGGGACUGUUUGAAGAUAUCUGGCAGAGCACUACCCUAGAUGCGUCAGGCUCCAAAUUACUUGCCGUUUUGGAUGCAAUGACUACCAAUCUCCGCUUCGGCCUCGAUCAUGGCGGGUACGUCUGGAGCCCAGAACAAGCUGGGCUGCGUUUCUUCAUUGGUUUCUUGAUUUACAUCGAUGUGAUUGCUAGCACUUCGCUCGGGCAACCGGCUCGCUUGAUUGAACAUCAUGGAGAUCUCCUUGCUCAACCAGACAACAGUGAGGCGGAUUUUGGAUUCAUCCCCAUCCGAUUGUCAAGCCUCAUCGGCUGUCAGAAUUGGGUGUUGGUCACGAUCAGCCAGAUCAACCUCCUGGACAUCUGGAAGAAGGACAAGAAGAAGAUUAGUAGUCUGUCCAUAAUGGAACUUGUCAACCGUGCUUCUGGGCUGGUCAGAACAUUGGAUGAGGGGAUUGCUCGUAUCGAGAAGUCUGCCCCCGGUCCGCAAAAGGACCACCGUCUCAUUUUCCGAUCGUAUGUCGCUGGUCACGCUCACACAUGUGCGAGUCUUUCGAUGGCCCAUACUAGAAUCUGGGCUCACGCUGCCCACAUAUAUCUUGCGGUGGUUGUUUCUGGCUGGCAGCCAUCCAAUGUAGAAAUUCGAUACAGUGUGUCGAAAAUCCUCGAGCUGUUGCGGACGGUCGAUUUGUCAACUCACCUACGUACAUUGGUCUGGCCACUCUGUGUUGCAGGCUGUAUCUCCGAGGCUGGUCGCAACGAGCAGGAGUUUCGAAGUCUGCUAUCGGGUAUGGAUGAGCUUAGCAUGAUAGGCGCACUAGGCGAAGCGCAAAAGGUCAUGGAGAAAGUAUGGGACGAACGACGGAAUCUGGAUCAUGAGAUAUGGGAUUUUGCAAUGUGUUUCCGGAUUCUGGGUGAACCUGUCUUAUUGGUCUAG